AUGUACCACAUACCCGCGGACGUUCUGUGGCAGUUCUGCCCUCCCCGUCGCACCUUUUUCCGCCUUACUCAAGUGUUCGUUGUGAUCUCCAUCGUGGUGUACGGCGCGGCGUUCGUCCUGGGAGUCAUGAUGCUGUUCUGCUGCACUUACCUCCGCUUUGUCUGCCUGGCGCUGAACAUUGCUGGCGCCAUCACGUUGUGCGUUGUCUGGGUGGCCAUGGUGAGGACGUACACCGGGCGUGAGGGCCCCCGUUGCCUGCUGAUGGAGAGCUUGUACUCCUACGGUCCCGGUGUCGUUCUCCUCCUCGUGGCCUGGGCCCUGAAUAUCCUCAACAUCACCACCUUACUGCUCCCGUGCCCGGGCAGCGACUCAAGUGAGAGUGGAAAAGGGACGGAGAACAGGGGUUAG